UAAAAGACAUUAUAAACUUAUACACAAAAUAGAUAUAGAAAAUAGUGAUGAAAGUGAUGAUGAUAAUACUUCUACCACAAAAAAACGAAAAACCGUGUCAAAGUUAAGUACUAGUUUAGACAGAGACAGUUUUUUGAGAUGCUGCGUGGGACUGGUCACCAAAAAAAAUAUUCCCUUUCGAAUAUUUGAUGACGAGGAAUAUUUUAAGCAACUUAUAUCACCAUACGAGCAGAAGUUUGGUAUACAUUUAAACUCAAAGAACAUAGUAAGCCUUCUUGACAAAGCAAGUCAACAAAUUAAGGAAAAAAUAGGUCAUUCGGUAAAAAAUAAAAUAAUAUCUAUGAAAAUUGACAUCGCAACUCGCAUGGAAAGAAGCGUGCUGGGGAUCAACAUCCAAUACAUUAAAGAUUACAAAGUCAUUGUUCAUACAAUUGGAAUGAUUGAAACAACUAAACGGCAUACAGCUGCAAAUUUAAAGGAAGAAAUUAUGAAAUGUCUCAACGAGUAUGGCAUUGGGAUAAACCAAAUUUAUUCCAAUACCACUGACAACGGCGCAAAUGUAGUUAAAGCGUCCAAAUUGCUACACGAUAUGCAGCAAGAAAGUUUAGCAAACGAAGAUGCUAUAAAUGAUGUUGAGGCAGACCAUAUUGAGUCCCAAAUCGCUUCUGUGUUUUCUGUGGUUCGUUGUGCUGCUCAUACUAUUCAGCUAGCAGCAUAUGAUGUUAUAAAAACAAUUGAAAAGGACUUGGAAGAGUGCAGGACGAUUGUAAAAAAAUUGAGAACCUUAGUAAGAGCAGGAAAUACCGACAUCAGUUUGCCAUUCAUCGACAACAGAACUAGGUGGAACUCUACGUAUGAUAUGAUGGAAUCACUUUACCGAAUCAAAGAAUACAUUGAAAAUUUGGAUAAAAACAUGUACAUAAAUUGGUCAUUCGUUAAGGAUUUUCUCACCGCUUUUCAACCAAUCUCUAAGUGCACCCUAAAACUUCAAAAUGAGCAGUAUAUUAUAGGAGACUUCUUCAGGGAUUGGCUUACUUGCGAACUAGAGCUUGCAGACUUGGUCCCAGAAAAUAUUUAUGCAGAUUCCCUCCUAAAUGCGAUGAAAAUAAGAAAAAAUGUCCUUUUAGAAUAUAAGGCUUUCGUCGCUGCUCUAUAUCUAGAUCCAAGAUUUAAUUUUGAAGAAACACCUCUCCUCAGCUCUGAGCAAAAGGAUGUUGCAAUGGAUCACUUAAUAAGGACUUACGAAAUGAUCCAGAAAAUUAAAAAUCCAUCAGAAUAUGAGAAUGAUUGCACUUCUGGAGUUGUACCACAUACAACACAGGACAAUGAACUUCCAAGCACAUCGAAAGGGGCGUACCAUAAGUUAACGCUUCACGUAAGGUCAUUGGCAAAAUCGCAAAGUGCAACGAGACCAAUCGUAAAACCUGACAUCAAACAAAAGCUGGUUAAUCUCUGUGUAAAAGAAAUGGAACCGUUCGACACAAAUGUCCUGGAAUACUGGAGAAAAUUUUAUCGGAAUGAGUCUAUUGAUAACAAAAUUAAAUUUUGAUAUUCUCCACUUCUCAAAAUUAGA